CAUCGCUUGUUGUUCAUAAUCGUCGUUGUCGUUGUCGUUGUCGUCGUCGUCGUCGUCGUCGCCAUCGUCACCACUGUAUCCGUCUCUGUUGCCGCUUGCGUUUCGCGUCCGCAUCCGGUUCACGUUAUCAUCAAAUUAUAAUUAAGCAGAAAAUAAAAACUCUACGUAAACAAUUCAUACAAAAACAUUCCCAGUGUAAGAAAACAAAUAUCAGUACAUAAAAACCUUCAAUUCAACGAAACAAAAGACAUCAAGAAUACUAUAGAACAUUAUAAAUUAAAUACCAUAAACUUCAUACAAAUUCACAUCAAACAAAAGCAAAAUACGCUAUAGUAGAAAAAACAAUGUGAUAUUUAAAAGUAAAGAAACAACUCAUAGCAAUCGUGAAUGAAUGUGCAAUCAACAAAGCCAGUGAAAGGGGCAGGAAAAGUGGAAAAAUUUCAUCAAUCAAAAAUAAGUAAAUAACCAUCAGUAAACUACAUCUCGUUGUUGAGUCAUCAGAUAUUUUUAUAAAAACUUAUUUAUGUGUACGAAUUGCUCGUGCCACCUGCGAAUAAAUUCAUAAUUCAACGCCUGUGUGCAUAUGUAUAAACAUUCAGCAUAUACACAUACAUAUGUACAUAUGUAUAUCCUUAUAAUUCCAUACGUACAAAUGUGUUUAUAAAAAAAAAAUCCCAGAAACGGGUUUUUUUUGUACAUCAUAUGUACAAAGUGCAGCAUCUACAUCCCUUACGUGGCAACCAACCACAACCAAUAAACUACUCUUAACUAGUUUAACUACUAUUUAUUUAGUAUAAUUAUAUUCAGCGAGUAGUAUUCUAACAUACUCACCGAAAUCCAACAAAACGCAUGCGACAUUUGGCAUUUGAAGCAUUCGAGACAUUCAACAUUGGCAACAUCAGUAUCAGCAUCGGCAUCAGCGACAGUGUCAGCGUUAGAGUCUACACAUUGACAACUCUGCAAAUGUGAUAUGUGCUUAAUACUCGUAUAAUGUAUUGACACCCACAAGCAAAUAACAUCACACACACUUACACACAUGCAUAUGUAUAUGCAUAAAUAAAUACAAAAAGUUAUAAGCAGCAAAGCAAAUGGAAUAAAAGUAAAUAAGUAAGAAACAUUGCAAGAAUCAAGCAAGAGACGCAAGGCAUUAACUAGCUAUCAGCAUUUAGCAACACGUAAUGCUGUGACAACUCUCUUGAAAAGCAGCUAUUACAUACAUAUGUACGUGCGUGUAUCUUGAUACAUACACGUAAAUAUAAAUACUUAAAAACUACACCUACAUUUAUGCAUCUCCGCGAAGUCACAGUCCAAGAAUAAUUACGUCAUUUCAUCUGUCAUCGAGCUCUAAUUGCUGCUGCUGAACAACAUCAUUGCCAGUCGGUCAUAUUAGUGAGUCAGUGUCAGUCAGUCAGCAAGUUAGUGAGUCGACGAAUUAGAAGCAGCAGCAGCUACUGUUUCACAUUCAACAACGAAACAUUACUUUGGAGUGCAGCUAAAAGACAGAAAAAGAAAAAGAAGGUGAUUCAAGAAGUGAACACAAAGCGAAAACCAAAAAAAUAAACAACAGCCAGCAGCAAAAACUCCGACUGCAGUGUUUAUUUAGAACGUUUGAGAGACAAAAAAAAAACUUCAUGAAAUAGAUUUACGCAUGCCAAUGUUACUUCUAAGCAAACGAUUUUAGUGCAACAACCAACAACAACAACUACGUAUAUUGUUAUACAUCAAAAAAGUAGAAAAUCGAAAGUAGUGCGCAAAAAGUCUAUCGAAGACAAGAACCACAGUUGUCAGUUCCGUGAAAAUCGGCAACAGCGUAUGUAACAGCGAUCGCAACAGCUAAUUGAGAAAUUUGACAAUAGCGCACAGACAAGAAAACUUUAAAUAAAGUUCCAUUAACAUUGAUUAUCGUUAAGCAAGAAUUUUCGAAAGCCAUACGAAAUUUGACGAACUUUGUCACAAGCGGCACAACGCAAAAACGAAGCACAAAUCUCAACCGAAAAGAAAGUGCCAGCCAAAUAAGUUAAACAAAAAACAUCAACAUAAUUCCGGCCAUUAGAAAUAGCCACGCCCAUUUUUAUUAUCUUAAAUUUAAUUGAAAGACUGAAAGCUCCAAGAAUCCACGGCAUAAUUACCUACUUAACAUCCGCAUUAAAAACAAAAGACGCUAUAUUUGAGGCCGUCGCCGUCGCCGCCACCGCCGCCAUUACCAUUGCCACUGUUCUAGUCGUCGCCGCAAGUUGCUGCCGCUGCACCAGUGCGCUCACAAUAUGAGCCAACCGAAUUCGCCUGCAACCUUACAGCAACAAUUGCAAUUGCAAGCAAAUGCGAACUCGGCCGAAAGUUUAAUGAGCAACGCUUUCGAUUUGAUUGGUGGCGCCAGCGCAGCGCAGCAAUUCUUGAAUCAUAUGGAUUUGUAUGCGCAGCAGCAACGUCAACAGCAUCAGCAGCAAUUGAACUACCUGCAGCAACAGCAGCAAUUGCAACAUCAACAACAACAACAACAGCAACUUCAACAGUUGCACUCGCAGUCACAUAUGGCUAAAUCACCGUCUUCAUCGCCGACAAAUUUUGGCAGUGGCGCGAGCAGCAGCAGUAGCAGCCACAGCAACAUAACCAUCACCACCAAUAAUUUACAUCAUACAAACUAUAAUCAUUUUCAACAGCAGCAACAGCAACACCAACAACAACAACACGCAGCAGCAGCAGCAGCCGCCGCCGCCGCGGCAGCGGUGCAACAGCAUUUAGGCAAUAAGCAUUCCAUAUCGUUGACAUCAUCGCCAAUCACAUCACCAACCAAAUCGAUUCUCACACAUGUGGCUGCGGCGGCAAGCAGUGUCGAUGCUGGUGCGAUAAGCGCCACCAGCACAACAACCACGUCGCCGCCGUCAUCGUCGCCGCCAACCAUUUUAAAUAAUUUCAAUCCACAACAACACCAUUUUAAUCUACAUCAUAAUAAUAAUAAUAAUCACCAGAUGGAUUUACAAACACAACAACAACAACAACAGCAACUCCAGCGUGAGUCUGUCGCACAGAAUUCUCACAGUGGCAUUAGCAACGCCAAUAACAAUAAUACAAUCAGCCCAAACAGCGAACGGCUGUCGAAUGCUGCCUCUAUGGGCACUGGCACACCAAGCGGCGUCGUAAGCCCUAAUGGAGGCGGCCAGCAACAGCAGCACAACCAUGCGCAUGCGCACGCACUCCCACAACAUCAGCAGCAUCAGCAUCAUCAGCAUGGCAGCGCUACAUCACCUUUCAAGCCGCCGGGCUCGGCUUCCUGUUGGUGUUAUGGUGAGUCAGUUUGUUCGGGAAUUGAGGUUGAAAUUGAAAAUAAUAACAAUUUCUCUCAUGGCGAUUCAUCGUAUCACAUGAAGAUCCUUGUGCCUGCAGUGGCCUCCGGUGCCAUCAUUGGCAAAGGUGGCGAGACUAUCGCCUCUUUGCAGAAAGACUCCGGUGCUAGAGUAAAGAUGUCCAAGUCCCAUGAUUUCUAUCCAGGCACCACCGAGCGUGUUUGCCUCAUCACUGGCUCUGUGGAUGGCAUCAUGUCGGUUAUGGACUUUAUUAUGGAUAAAAUACGCGAGAAGCCCGAUCUUACAACUAAGAUCAUAGAUACGGAUUCCAAGCAGAAUCAGGACCGUGAUAAGCAGGUGAAAAUUUUGGUGCCCAAUUCCACAGCCGGUAUGAUCAUCGGCAAGGGUGGUGCUUUCAUCAAGCAGAUCAAGGAGGAGAGCGGCUCGUAUGUGCAGAUUUCACAGAAACCCAAGGACAUUUCACUGCAGGAACGUUGUAUCACCAUCAUUGGUGAUAAGGAGAACAACAAAGCCGCUUGCAAGAUGAUACUAUCCAAGAUUGUUGAGGAUCCACAGUCCGGUACAUGCCUUAAUGUCUCAUAUGCCGAUAUUAGCGGUCCUGUGGCCAACUUUAAUCCGACCGGUUCGCCGUAUGCCACCAAUCAGAACGCCAUUAAUACGAGCACCGCUUCAUUGAACUCCACACUGGGACAAACUAUCGGCGGCGCAGCCUCAGCUGCAGGUCUUUUGGUAAAUGGCACCGGCAUCAAUUUAUCCUUAAAUUUGGGUUCACCAAAUCCAGCACCCAACUUGGCUGUGGCCACGCAAUUACUUGAACACAUCAAGAUUGCUCUACGCGGCUCCGGCUACUCAGAGACGGCCACCAACGAAGUGUGCGCCGCUCUAGGCGUGCUCGCCAAGUAUGGCGUUUUGGGCAUGGGCGUUGGUGUACCACAUGCAAAUGGCACCACCACACUCGGCAGCUAUCUGGGUGUUUCGGCGCUGGAUCAGCAGACAGCUGCCGCCGCCUCAGCAGCUACUGCCGGCAACGUUUUCGGUGCAGUGGGUCAAGUAAAUUUGGAUCAGUAUACAGCGGCAGCGGCCGCUGCUGCUGCAGCAGCUGCCAGCCGUUCGACGCAGUCGCAGCUGGAAGCGGCUGCAGCCGCACAAUUCGAUCCGUUCCGACAUUUGGGCACUACAGCCGCCACAGCGGCACAAGCUGCAACACCGGUCUCACUGAAUAAUAAUAGUUUCGGUUUGACUGCUGCAACUGGUACCACGGGUACAACAGCGCAAAGCUUAACUGCCGCACAACAUGCGCUGAGUGGCUUGAGCAAGAGUCCCACCCCGGGUGAUUUGGGUGCAAAGGAUACCAAAAAUGUUGAAAUUCCAGAAGUGAUUGUUGGCGCUAUCUUAGUGUUACUCGAGAGCUUGAUGCGUAAGACUGAAGUGAAAUACAUUUACAUGCUGAUUCGUGCCAAACGCAAUAUCACUGCUGAGGAGCGAAUAAAGAAAAUUCUCGCCGGUCAGCUCUUCACAAAAGUAAGAAAGUUGAAGCCCAAUGCACACCAACUCAUCACACCCAUACAUGGCGAUUGUGCACAACCGAACUUGGGUAUCUCCAAUGAAGAUCGAAAAAUAUUGAUUGCAAAUGUGGAUGUGGUGAUCCAUUGUGCAGCUACAAUACGUUUCAAUGAGCCACUCUAUGAUGCGUUGCUCAUCAAUGUAGUUGCAAUGAGAGAUUUAUUAGAAAUGGCAAAGGAGAUGCGGCAACUAAAAUCUUUUGUACACAUAUCAACCGCUUUCUCAAACUGUGUUCUGCCGCACAUAGAGGAGCAUGUCCAUCCGGAAAUUCUUGGUAUCAGCGCACGCAAAACACUUGAAAUUGCCACGCUGCUGGGCCCAGAGCUUACAAACAGUUUGACUGUGAAUUUGGUGCGCAGCUUUCCCAAUACUUACACUUUUACAAAGGCGCUGGCUGAAGAGCUGAUUCUGAGUGAACGCGGCAAUUUGCCAAUUUGCAUUAUGCGGCCCGGCAUUAUUACUUCUACAUACGCCGAACCUUUGCCGGGAUGGAUUGAUAAUUUUUACGGGGCAGUGGGCACCUUAAUGGCCGUAGCGCGAGGUUCACUACGAGUACUAUUUGCUCAUAACCAUCAUCCCACAUUUCUGGUGCCAGUUGACUUUUGUGCGAAUUUGAUUUUGGCAUGCGGCUACAGCGCUGGACACGUGGAAGAUGUUGAUAAGAAAACGGUCCGCGAGCCCACAGUUUACAACUUUGUACCGACUGAUGGUAAUCAGAUUACCCAAGGUGAAUUAUUAAGAUAUACCGCUCGCUAUGCAAAAGAACGUCCUUUUUCAAACUUACUGUGGUACCCAUUUGUAAUGGCGGUUGGUUCGGUGAGGCUGGAAAAGUUUCUGGGAAUUUUAUUGCACCUUUUACCAGCAUUUAUUCACGACAUUUGGUUGCGAUUUCAAGGCAAAAAGACGAGAACGGUUCGCAUGUUUAAAAAGCAGGAGCAAUUUCUUAGUGUAUUGAACUAUUUUAAAGCGAACGUAUGGACUUUUGAUUUGGCGAAUACUCAGCAUUUGUGGAAUCGUCUCUCAACGGAGGAUCAAGUGAAUUUUGCAUUCAAUAUGUCUGCGGUAAAUUGGCAACAUUAUUUUCGAGAUAUGAUAUUCGGCUUGCGUCAGUAUUUGGUUGCUGAGGAAGACGCGACUCUACCGAAAGCUUUGAAGCGCUUGCAGAUCUUUAAGUGGGCGCAUCGUUCAAUUCUGAUUUUGUUGGCAGUGGGUCUACUACUAUGCAUUCGUGUAAUAAUUAGUUACUUUAAGUGAAAAAAUGUGUGUAAAAUUAAAAUUAAAAUUUUAUAC